CUAUUUAGGGCGGGAGGGGAGUGCGGGCUAGACUCCUCAGAGCUGGCUACCUUUGCCUCCUGGAUUUCUCGCCUGCCUGCUGUCCCUUAGUCCUGCCUGCCUGCCACACCCACACUCCGCCCCUCAGGUAGCCUCAUGGCUGCAGCCUGUGAGAUCAGCAACGUCUUCAGCAACUACUUCAGUACUAUGUACAGCGCAGAGGACCCCGCUCUGGCUUCUGUCCCCCCUGCUGCCACCUUUGGGGCUGAUGACCUGGUGCUGACCCUGGGCAACCCUCAGAUGCCACUGGAGGGCACAGAGAAGGCCAGCUGGUCGGGGAAGCAACCCCAGUUCUGGUCAAAGGCCCAGGUUCUGGACUGGAUCAGCUACCAAGUGGAGAAGAACAAAUACGACGCAAGCUCCAUCGACUUCUCACGGUGUGACAUGGACGGGGCCACGCUCUGCAACUGUGCCCCCGAGGACCUGCGGCUGGUCUUCGGGCCUCUGGGGGACCAACUCUAUUCCCAGCUGUGGGACCUCACUUCCAGCUUUCCUGAUGAACUCAGCUGGAUCAUUGAGCUGCUGGAGAAGGACAGUAUGGCCUUCCAGGAGCCCCUCGGCCCCUUUGACCAGGGAAGCCCCUUCAGCCAGGAGAUGCUGGAGGAGUGCCGGCAGGCCAGCCCCUACUUCCCGGGCAGCUACGGCCCAGGAGCCCCCUCCCCCGGCAGCUCUGAUGUCUCCACGGCAGGGACCGGUACUUCCCAGAGCCCCCACUCCUCAGACUCCGGUGGAAGUGACGUGGACCUGGAUUCCAGUGACAGCAAACUCUUCUCUAGGGAUUGCUUUCCCGACUAUAAGAAGGGGGAUCCUAAGCAUGGGAAGCGGAAACGGGGUCGGCCCCGAAAGCUGAGCAAAGAGUCUCGGGAGUGUCUGGAGGGCAAGAAGAGCAAACAUGCCCCCAGAGGCACCCACCUGUGGGAGUUUAUCCGGGACAUCCUCAUCCACCCGGAGCUCAAUGAAGGCCUCAUGAAGUGGGAGAACCGGCAAGAGGGCGUCUUCAAGUUCCUGCGGUCAGAGGCGGUGGCCCAGCUUUGGGGCCAAAAGAAGAAGAACAGCAGCAUGACCUACGAGAAGCUGAGCAGAGCCAUGAGGUACUACUACAAACGGGAGAUCCUGGAGCGGGUGGAUGGCCGGCGGCUGGUCUACAAGUUUGGCAAAAACUCCAGCGGCUGGAAGGAGGAGGAGGUUGCUGGGAGUCGGAACUGAGGGUCCUAAUGGGACCCAGGACUGAACCCACGGACUUGAGGCCUGCAGCCCCUCCUGGGACGACCACCAGGCCCUCACCGUUCGGGCAUGCUGGGGCCGGGCCACAGAGAGAAGCUGAGGUUCUGGUACCUUGUUCAGCCAUCAUCCUGGGAUCCGGGGCUUGUGGCCUCUCCUCUCCGCCCUGCUCUUGGAAUAACG